UCCACACCAUCCACUACUCUCCUUAGUUCCAGCACAAUAACCUCUUCAUCUCUCCCACACUUUUCUUUAUUUUCAUCUCUGCAACAACAGUCACAAAAAAACCAAAACAAAACAAAAAAUGUCACCAGAUUUUACACUCUUGUUCUUCCCGGAACUCAUCCAACCCCCUAUCGUCACCCUCCAAGCCGCCCUAUGCAUCCUUCUCUUAACCUUCCUCCUCACGUUUUUCCUCACUCCAGGCGGGCUUGCGUGGGCCUGGGCCACCAAGUCCUCGACCCGGCCCAUCAUUCCGGGCCCAGUAAUGGCCCUGCUCAGCGUCUUCACCGGCUCCACCCCGCACCGCAGGUUAUCCAUGCUCGCCCGCUCUUACCACGCAGAAAAGCUCAUGGCUUUUUCAAUCGGUCUGACCCGGUUCGUCAUCUCGAGUGAACCGGAAACCGCAAAGGAGAUUCUCGGCAGCCCCGGUUUUGCUGACAGACCAGUGAAGGAAUCGGCCUACCAGCUUCUCUUCCACCGCGCAAUGGGGUUUGCACCAUACGGAGAAUACUGGAGAAACCUGAGGAGAAUCUCCGCCCUUCAUCUCUUCUCUCCCAAGAGAAUCACCGGCUCGGAAGCCUUUAGGAACGAGGUGGGGUUGAAAAUGGUAGAUGAAGUUAAGAAGGUUAUGAAGGAUAACCGACACGUGGAGGUUAAGAGGAUUUUGCACUACGGGUCGUUGAACAAUGUGAUGAUGACGGUGUUCGGUAAGUGUUAUGAGUUCUACGAGGGUGAGGGUGUUGAGCUUGAGGCUUUGGUGAGCGAAGGGUAUGAGCUGUUGGGUGUUUUUAACUGGAGCGACCAUUUUCCGGUUCUGGGGUGGUUGGAUUUGCAGGGUGUGAGGAAGAGGUGUAGGUGUUUGGUUGAAAAGGUUAAUGCGUUUGUUGGGGGUGUUAUUGAGGAGCAUAGAGUGAAGAGGGUGAGAGGUGGGUGUGUGAAGGAUGAAGGGACUGGGGAUUUUGUUGAUGUUUUGCUUGAUUUGGAGAACGAGAACAAGCUUAGUGAGGCUGACAUGAUCGCUGUUCUUUGGGAAAUGAUAUUUAGGGGAACUGACACGGUGGCAAUUCUGCUGGAGUGGAUCUUGGCUCGGAUGGUUCUCCACCCCGACAUCCAAGCCAAAGCACAGCGCGAAAUAGACUCCGUCUGCGGACCCUACAGGCUCGUAUCCGAAGCAGACAUGCCGAACCUGCGCUACCUUCAGGGCAUAGUAAAAGAAACUCUCCGCGUGCACCCUCCAGGCCCGCUACUCUCGUGGGCUCGCCUGGCGGUGCACGACGUUACCGUGGGCGGCAAGCACGUGAUUCCCAAGGGCACCACCGCGAUGGUGAACAUGUGGGCCAUAACGCACGACGAGAGGUUUUGGGCCGAGCCCGAGAGGUUCAGGCCCGAGCGGUUUGUGGAGGAGGAGGAUGUGAACAUAAUGGGGUCUGAUUUGAGGUUGGCACCUUUCGGGUCUGGGAGAAGAGUGUGCCCUGGGAAGGCCUUGGGCUUGGCCUCGGUUCAUCUUUGGCUCGCUCAGUUGCUACAAAAUUUUCAUUGGGUUCAAUUUGAUGGUGUCUCUGUUGAGUUGGAUGAGUGUCUUAAGCUUUCUAUGGAGAUGAAGAAGCCACUUGCUUGCAAGGCUGUGCCUAGGGUUGCUGUUUAGUUUAUGGGUGUUGUUGGGUUACUUGGGUGGGUUUGGGUUAUUUGCUAAGUUUAGUAAAAACAAGAAGAAGAAAAAGUUGGGUUUAGAUGACCUUUUUAUUAAAAUCUAAUACUAAUGGGUUGUUUUUAGGUUUAAUGGUAGGGUUUGGAGGUUGUAGCAAAGAGAAGGUAAGAGGUUACUUUUGUGUGAGAAGUUUUUAAUUAAGGGGAUAUAUAUGGGUGUCGAACUUUAUGUGCGUGUUGUUGUAUAUACGUGCAGUUAAGUUUAAUUGAUCAUGUGGAUUUAGUGAUCUACUCUACCUAUAUGUUUUUAACGAGUGAUGUUAUGUUUUCUUCCUACCUUUAUA